CCCUUUUUCCUGAGCACGCCUCAGAGAAGGCACUCGGACAGUGCUGAGGAAGCCUGGUCACCACCAGAACGAGCGGUUUCGAUUACGCAGCCGCUGGCUCUCUGUUAGAGGCACGGUGUUGUGCAUUUCAGACUCCGCUUCUGACCUUAGUUGUUGAAGGCGAUCGACGAUUUUCCUUCAGAAUGCAGUCCUUCGGCCGUUAUCUGAGCUUCAAAGCCAACAAGGGCACUCAGGAAGGCGAGGGCGCGGAGGGCAGCGAGGGGCAGUCAGACCCCGCUCCGCCGCGUGCCGUCGCGGAGGACGUUGGCGGGGAUGAGGGGGAGGGCGGGGAAGUAGCGCCAGACGCGUCCGGGAAGGAUCAGGAGGACGGUUCGAUCCGUGCUCCGUUGAGCGUCGAGGGGGAGACAGACUCGGAGCAGGACGACGAUGACGAUAACGAGUCGUUUGGUAGCGCGAACGAGCGUGCCGAAGGGUCGGUGGGCAGCUUCGGAACUUCUCCUGUGGCGGACGAUUUCAUGGUUCCUAAGGCGAAGGUGACAGGGGAUUCGGAGGAUUUUUCGGUGCCGGUGGUGAGUGCGGAGAUGGAUGUUGACGGGGAGGCGGAAGUUUUCGAAGAGGGCGAGGAGGAGGUUUCCAGCGCAGCGGUGACGCAAACAGUGACGGAAACGGUGACAGAAGCAGCUGCGGUUGAACAGGUUAUUUCGAAUGUAACGGAGACGGUUGUAACAGAGGUGGCGAGUGAGACAGCGUCGGUGUCUGUGGUGGAGAGCGUGGAAGUGGAAGGCAGUGCGUCGGCUGCUUCUCCCGCUGCUGAGCUCGCUGAAGCUGUUGCUGAUGUCUCUGCCGCUGAGAUUACCGAGGCAGUUCUUACCGAAGCUUCCGAGGUAGCAGUUUCAGCAGAGACCGAGACGGUUGCAGCUACUGAAACCACCAGCACAGCUGCGACUACGACGACGACCACCACCACGGUGACCACGACGACGACCACCACCACGGAGACGGAGGUCGUGACAGAAGAAGCGUCCGCUACGGUCGAAGAAACAGAGACCGCUGCUGCUGUCGACGUGCAGACAAGCGCAGCAGGCGAGGCAGCGGAGGGUGGUGCUGCUGCGAGCGCGCUGAUCUCGCAGCUGGAGGGCGACAUUCAGGCGCAGCUGCAACAAGCUAUCGCGGAUGCCAGUCGCGUGGACGUGGAGGACGUGGAUGAUGAUGACGAGGACGAUGAUAGCGAGGCGGAAGAAUGGGUAGAUGGGGAGGAGGACGAGGACGACGACGAUGAGGAGGGAGCGGGGGUGUCAGCCUCGCUGGACGCCCUUGUGAGGGACAUGGAAGCUGUGGUGCAGGGGGCGGGAGGAGGCGGCAGUGCGGGUGGGGGGAUCAAUCUCCCCCCCCGUAUGUCCGCCCCUCGCGGUCUCAACGGCUCACUCGACCUCCCAGCUCGCCCGCAAUCCUCCACCCGAUCCGCCGACUCUGGUUCGGAAGGCUCCGCAUCUGCAGGUUCGGCGGCGGUGGACUCGGUGGCUCGGCAGGCAGCGGCUGUGAUUGCGAGGCAGGGACUCACAGGCGCCAUGGGGGAGGCUGGCGCGGCCGGGGCUGCAUCGUCAGCGCCAGACGCCCCGCUGAAUCCGCGCGCGGAGAAGGUGAACUCGGUGCGCGUGAAGCUGCUGCGCCUGGCUGCGCGGCUGGGGCAGUCCCACAGCAACGUGGUGGUGGCGCAGGUGCUCUACCGCCUGGAGCUCGCGGAGAAGUUCCAGGAGUCCGCCUCGCGCGCGGGCAGUGGCGGAGUGCGCAUCAUUGGCGGCGCUAUGGGCAGCGCGAUGCGCCUGGAUCGAGCGCGCGCCCGCGCAGCUGAGCUGGAUGCUGCGGAAGGGGCGGACUCGGACCUAGACUUCGGGCUGACGGUCAUGGUGGUGGGCAAGACGGGCGUGGGUAAAACCGCCACCAUCCACUCGCUCCUGGGCACGAACCCCCCUGCGGAUGCACCGCCUGCAGAGCUGCCCGCCACGACGCGCGUGCGCGAGAUCACUGGGCGCGUGCAUGGCGUGAACGUGAAGGUGGUGGACGUGCCCGGGCUGCACCCGUCCGUGGCGGACAUGCGGCGCAACCAGAGCAUCCUGCGGUCCGCCAAGCGGUACCUGCGCGGCAAGCAGCCAGACAUCGUGCUGUACGUGGACCGGCUGGACGUGCAGGCCAGGGACUACGGCGACAUGGAGCUCGUCCGCCCCAUCAGCGACACCUUCGGCCCUGCCGUGUGGAUGAACACCAUCGUGGUGCUCACGCACGCGUCGUCUGCUCCCCCCGAGGACAGCAGCGGGCGGCCCAUGAGCUAUGAAAUGUACGUGGCGCAGCGGUCGCACGUGGUGCAGCAGACCAUCCGCCAGGCGUCGGGCGACAUGCGCCUGCUCAACCCCGUGGCGCUCGUGGAGAACCACCCCGCCUGCCGCACCAACCGCACGGGCGACCGCGUGCUGCCCAACGGCCAGGUGUGGCGCCCGCAGCUGCUGCUGCUGUGCUUCGCCUCCAAGUGCCUCUCCGAGGCCAACUCCGUCCUCGAUAUCGGCGGCCCUGGCGGCGCCCGCGCCCAGCGCGGCCGCUCCCGCAUGCCGCCGCUGCCCUACUUGCUGUCGUCUCUCCUGGGCCCGAGGCAGCCGCUGCGACUGCCGGAGGAGCAGCAGAUGGGCGACGACGACGAGUACGACGAGAGCAGCGACAGCGAGAGCGACGACGACGAGGUGGACUACGACGCGCUGCCGCCCUUCCGCCGCCUCACCAAGGCGGAGCUGCAGCAGCUGGAGCCCACGCAGCGGAGGGAGUACUAUGAGGAGCUCGCGGACAGGGAGAGGCUCUUCCAGAAGAAGCAGUGGAGAGAGGAGCUGAGGAGACGCAGGGAGCUGAGGAGGAAGCUGGAGGCAGGGGAGGACGUGGAGGAGGACGGCGCGGAGAAGGCCAAGGGGGCGGAAGGCGAGGACGGCGCGGAGGAGGACGCGGGCCCCAGCAACGUGCCUGUGCCCAUGCCGGACCUCGACCUGCCGCCCUCCUUCGACAGCGACCAGCCGAGCCAUCGCUACCGCUACAUCGAGACCGCCAAUCAGUGGUUGGUGCGUCCCAUGUUGGAGCAGCACGGGUGGGACCACGACACGGGCUAUGACGGCUUCCAAAUGGAGAAGGCCUUCGCCAUCCGCGGCAAGGUCCCCGCCUCCGUUUCCGGCCAGAUCACCAAGGACAAGAAGGACUGCACGGUGGCGCUGGAGGCGGCGGCGUCCAUGCGCCACGGCACGUCGCUGCUCAACGCGCCCGUCACGACCGCGGGGCUGGACGUGCAGUCCGUGGGCAGCAGCCUCGCCUACACGCUGCGCUCCGAGACGCGCUUCCGCACGCUGCCUCACAACCGCACCACCGCUGGCAUCUCGUUCACCACCUACGACGGCAGCGGACUGACCACCGGGCUCAAGGUGGAGGAUCGGUUGCUAGUGGGCAAGAACGUGAGUCUGAACGCUGCAGCAGGCUUUGUGCGGUGCGGGCGUCUCAUGGCCAGGGGGGCCAACUGCGAGGUGCAGGUGCGGCAUCCCGACCAUCCCCUGGAUCGCACCAUGGGAGUGCUGGGCCUCACCCUCAUGGACUGGCAGGGUGACCUGGUGGUGGGAGCGAACGUGCAGGCGCAGGCAACCGCGGGCAAGACAAACCUGCUGUUCCGCGCGAAUGUGAACAACCGUGCAGCGGGCACCAUCUCCCUGCGCGCCACGUCCAACGAGCAGCUGCAGAUGGCGCUCAUCGGCCUCGUGCCACUGCUGCGCUACUUCCUCGCAGGGGGCUUCCUCUUUGGCAGCAAGGGCGACGAGAUGAUGGAGGAGGCUUAGGGCAUAAGCUGGUAGCUGUUUGGCGGAUUCUGUCCUUGUGUGUUUCGUUGUGAUGACAGGGCUAGGGUGAUAAUGCAGGUGAUGGGUGAGUCAGAGAUAGUUUUGAAGGCUUGGUAGCUGAAAUGGGAGAUACACAUGGUGGAUUUGGGUUCUCUUGGUGGUUUGACUGCGGCACUGCUCUGCAUAAGUAGGACAAAUUUUUGCACUCAUCGCUGUCUUCCUCAGCUUGUUUUUGUCGACUGGCAAUCAUAUGGCAACAUUCUUUGGACUCCA